AUGCCUAUAAAAGGCCUCUCCUCCUUCACAUUUCAACUGCUACAAUCAGAUUUCUCUAUUCUCAUACUUUCAUAUAUUCCAUACUUUCUAUAUUAUUUUUGGGCAACGGUUCUGUGGCUUGGAGAUUUCUAUCCGACUGUGAACGUGCUUAUAGCGGAUCUUAAGCCUGUGUAUUGGGGUCGUAUCUUGGAGUCUUGUAGACCGUCAUUACCUGCACGUAGGGAGGCUACAAAGGCUUUAGGACAGCGUCUUUGA